AUCAGUCAUUAUUUUGACUCGCCACUAACAUCCGGUCUACGGUUUCCGGCUUCUAUGUCUCUUUUUCUUUUCUCUUUUUCUCUGGACACAGAAACAUGGCUGCACGCUCUAUAUCAAAGAAAAGGAAGUUCGUUGGAGACGGAGUCUUCAAGGCUGAAUUAAACGAGUUUUUAACUCGUGAACUCGCUGAAGAUGGCUAUUCAGGAGUCGAGGUGCGCGUUACUCCACAACGCACUGAAAUUAUUCUUAUGGCCACACAUACCCAAAGUGUCCUCGGUGAGAAGGGACGCAGAAUCAGAGAAUUGACUUCUGUCGUUCAAAAGAGAUUUAACUUUAAGGAUCACAGCGUAGAAUUAUACGCUGAAAAAGUCGCAACCCGUGGUCUUUGCGCCAUCGCUCAAGCUGAAUCCUUGAGAUACAAAUUAAUCGGAGGUCUUGCUGUUCGAAGAGCUUGCUAUGGAGUUCUCCGAUUUAUCAUGGAAUCGGGUGCAAAGGGAUGUGAAGUGGUUGUUAGCGGUAAAUUGCGAGGACAACGAGCAAAGUCCAUGAAAUUCGUCGACGGACUUAUGAUUCAUUCCGGAGAACCAACGAAUGAUUAUGUUAAUACCGCCACCCGGCACGUACUCCUCAGACAAGGUGUCUUGGGAAUUAAAGUAAAAAUUAUGCUCCCAUGGGAUCCAAAUGGCAAAACAGGACCUAAAAAUCCAUUGCCUGACAAUGUUUCGGUUGUGGAACCCAAGGACGAAGUUUUACACGCCCAGCCCUCAUCUGAAAUUAAACCAGCCAAGGAUCUUCCUCCAGCACCACAAAUCCCCGUUUAAUUAAGUAUGUUCAAUCUUUGCAUUGUUCAUAAUAAAAUUUAAAAAAAAAACA